GACGAGCACGAGGCCAUCCGCGAGGCGUCGGCGCUGCACGCCAUGAACCACGUCCUCAAGACCCGCACCCGCAUUCUCAAGAACAACGAGUACCUCGCCAAGCAGGCCCUCGACAAGUCGGCCCCGUCGUCGUCGUCGUCUACGCCGGCCCGCUCGACCCUCGACCAGUCGUUCACGCGCCCCAAGGUCCUCGUCCUCACCCCGUUCCGCAACUCGGCCCUCUCGUGGGCGCAGCACCUCAUCUCGUACCUCCCGCCGUCCAUCACGUCGGUCGAGAACUUUCCCCGGUUCGUGUCCGAGUACUCGCUGCCCGAGGGCGCGACCGACAAGCUCGUCGAGGACCGCGACAAGUACCCGCCCGACCACGUCGAGACGUUCCGCGGCAACAUCGACGACGCGUUCCGGUGCGGCGUCAAGGUGACGCGCAAGACGGCAAAGAUGUUUGCCGAGUUUUACCAGGCCGACGUCAUCCUCGCGAGCCCGCUCGGGUUGAGGACCAGCAUCGAGAAGGACGGCGACUCGGACUUCCUGUCGAGCAUCGAGGUCCUCAUCGUCGACCAGAUGGACGUCAUGCUCAUGCAGAACUGGGACCACGUGCAGUUCGUCCUCGACCGCCUCAACUCGCUCCCGGCGACCGACCACGGCAUCGACUUUUCGCGCGUCAAGCCCUGGUACCUCGACGGCCUGUCGCCCUUCCUGCGCCAGUCGAUCCUCCUCUCGUCGUUCGACGCGCCCGAGAUCCGCGGUGCGUGGGCGCGCGCGUGCAGGAACCGCGCCGGCGCCGUCCGGGCGCUCGGGACGGUCGAGGGCCCCGAGGGCGUGCUCGACAGGGUGCCGAGCGGGUUGAGGCAGGUGUGGACGAGGUUCGAGGUGGCCGACGUGACGGACGAGGACGACAGGAGGUUCGAGUGGUUCACGACAAAGACCCUCCCGACGCUCCUCAAGUCGGCCGUCUCGUCGUCGCAGACGCUCGUCUUCGUCCCGUCCUACUUUGACUUUGUCCGGCUCAAGCGGUACCUCACCAAGCACCGGUCGUCGCUCGCGAGCGACUUUUCGUUCGCCGCCAUCAGCGAGUACACGCCGACGCCCGACGUGUCGCGUGCGAGGGGCGCCUUCUUUGCCGGCAAGGUCAAGUUCUUGCUCGUCACCGAGCGGUUCCACUUCUUCCGGCGGUACCGCCUGCGUGGCGCCAAGACGGUCGUCUUCUACGCCCCGCCCUCGCACGCGUCGUACUACCCCGAGGUCGUCUCGUUCCCGUUCGCGCCGCCCUCGGCCGUCACGACGGCGUCGGGCGCGCCUCCCCCACGCCCCGAGGACGAGGACGUCGACGCGAGCGAGCUGAGCGCGCACGUCCUGUUCAGCCGGCUCGACGUGCUCCGCCUCGAGCGCAUCGUCGGCACAAAGGACGCGGCGAGGAUGUGCAGGGCCGACGAGGGCGAGAAGAGGUUCACGUUUGUGUAGACGACGAGAUGCUGCAACGCGCUGCGUCGAGCGCUG